UGGUUAGGCGUUAAGAGAAAAAACUGGAAAAAUUAUACACUCACAUCUCCCGUGAGGGAGGAGGCGUAGAAAUGAGCCUCCCCCUCCUCCUCCGCAGAGCGGUAUUCUCUUCCGGCCUACCUCCCAAAGUUUUUGGGUUUACAAAUCGGCCGUUCGGAUCUCUGAAUGUCGCCGGCGAGUCCCUCGACUGCUCCACCUCUCCUUCCCUCAUCCAUGGAAUUCACGUUUUCCACUGCCCCGAUGAAGUGGGGAUAGUUGCAAAGCUAUCGGAUUGCAUUGCUUCCAGGGGUGGAAAUAUCCUCAAUGCUGAUGUCUUCGUGCCGGAAGAUAAGCAUGUCUUUUACUCAAGAAGUGAAUUUGUGUUUAAUCCUGCUAAAUGGCCACGAGGCCAAAUGGAUGUGGACUUCCUAAAGCUAUCAAAGAUGUUUAAUGCAAUGACGUCUGUCGUUCGAGUGCCUACUAUGGAUCCAAAGUAUAAGAUUGCUGUUCUUGCAUCAAAGCAGGACCACUGUCUUGUAGAUUUACUGCAUGGGUGGCAGGAUGGAAGGCUUCCUGUUCAAAUAACUUGUGUAAUUAGUAAUCAUGAUAGAAGUUCAAACACCCAUGUGAUUCGAUUUCUUGAAAGACAUGGAAUUCCAUAUCAUUACUUGCAUACCGGUAAUGAUAAUAAAAGAGAAGGAGAGAUCUUGGAAUUAGUUCAGGACACUGACUUUUUAGUCCUUGCAAGAUACAUGCAGAUACUGUCUGGAGACUUUUUGAGCAAAUAUAAGAAAGACAUUAUAAACAUUCAUCAUGGCCUGCUUCCAUCAUUUAAGGGUGGGAAGCCAGCUAGGCAGGCCUUUGAUGCUGGUGUUAAAUUGAUUGGUGCAACAACUCACUUUGUCUCUGAAGAACUUGAUUGUGGGCCAAUCAUUGAACAGAUGGUUGAAAGAGUUUCCCAUAGAGACAAUCUGCGGAGUUUUGUACAGAGGUCUGAGGAACUUGAGAAACGGUGUCUUGCUAAAGCAAUAAAGUCAUACUGUGAAUUGCGUGUUUUACCUUAUGAGAGAAACAAGACUGUUGUGUUUUGACAGUGCCAGGAAGAAGGGGAAAGGAUAAAAACACAGUUAGUUCAAUAUUUUAGAAGUUCAUGAAAUUGAACAUACACUAAUUCUUACAGAUACCUACUGGAAAGUCCACAUCUGUGCAGUAAAGAUACCAACUCUCACUCCAAAAUCAAUAAUAUUUGUAGCCCAAUGUUGUAUUCUUGGCUUAA